AGGGAGGGGGGAGGGAGAGAGAGCCGCGGACCCGAGGCUGUGCAAACUGAAAGCGGCGUCCAUUAUUGCUCCGACCGAGAAUGCUGCACACGGACUACAGCGCGCAGGCUGUCACGCAGAGUGGCACAGUCAGGCUGUAGCGCGUAGCUUGUCACGCAGAGUGGCACAGUCAGGCUGUAGCGCGUAGUUUGUCACGCAGAGUGGCACAGUCAGGCUGUAGACAGACUCCUGCCCAGGAGGAGCCUCUCUACUCGGCCAUGAAUCCGCUGCUUCUGUUGCUGCUGCUACUGCCCAGUCUCUGCUCGAUUCUCGUGUGCGCGACUGGGUUUGCGUCGCGUCCUGCGGAGGGAGCGACGCGGACUGGAAACAACGUGACGCUGAGACUCGGGGAGACGGCGAUCCUGAGGUGCUACCUGGAGGGCCACGUGGGCCGCGUCGCGUGGCUCAACCGCUCCAGCAUUGUGUUUGCCGGCUCUGACAAGUGGUCGAGUGAUCCGCGUGUCACGCUGGUGGGGGUCGCCGGGGGCGGCGAGUACAGCCUGAGGGUCGCUCAAUUGACCCCCCGCGACGAGGGGACCUACACCUGCUCCGUGCAGACGCCCAGCAGCGGCCCCCAUACCACUCACUACCACCUCAUCGUGCAGGUGCCGCCCAGGAUCACGAACAUCUCGGGGGACGUGACGGUGAACGAAGGCGCCAACGUGACCAUCUCGUGCUGGGGUAUGGGACAACCUGAGCCCAGCAUCACCUGGAGACACCUCUCUCCCGCGGCCAAGGAUGACGAGUAUGAGGGCGAGUUCCUGGAGAUCGAGGGCAUCUCGCGCGACCAGGCCGGCGAAUACCAGUGCAGCGCCACCAACGACAUCGCGUCCACAGACACGCGCAAAGUGCGUGUCACCGUCAACUAUCCCCCGUCGGGACUGGAGGUGCGCAGCAAUGGCAUGCUGGUGGGCCGCUUGGGUUCUCUGCGAUGUGAGGCCGCUGCCGUUCCCCUGCCAUCGUUUCUGUGGUUCAAGGAGAACAAGAGGCCGUGUGAGUCAUGCAGGCUACAAGAUGGCGUGAGCGGGGUGAGCAUCCGCACGGAGGGCCGGCGAUCCACUCUCUCCUUCCACAACGUCACAGAGCUCCACUAUGGCAACUACACCUGCCAGGCCACCAAUCCCCUGGGGCUCAGCACCGUCAGUCUGCUGGCCACACGAAGUCAUUCUCCCAGUUACCCCACUCCCAUUCAAGCAGGUGACAGCUACGCCCAGGAGGACCCCAGUUCAAACGGACACCAGUCUCCAGCCCGGGCCGUCGCGGGCCUGGUUCUGGUCCUGGCUGCGAGCGCCGCUUUUUCCUUCUCUGCGCAGUGAACAGCGCAAUCGCCGGGCUGCUCAGCCGUUUUUAACAUCGGUCAUCGUCGUCGUGUCCUAGGGCCCGGUCUCUUCAGCCGUGCCGCGGUCGCCGUGGAGAAGGUGCGGCGGAGCCCCGCUUGGCCAGGAGUUGUGGUGACUUCUCGCGCCGUGGGCUCUGUGUGUGAGCGCCGGGCCACCGUGGACUGAAACUGGAAAUUAAAACGAGAAUGUUUCUGUCUCACUUAUCUAACAUAGCAUCGUGUGGAGCUAACGAUGGUUAAUAACGGAGUAUAAAGGGAAUGUGUUCAUGCCUAGGUGACAUAGGGUUUUGAGCACGAUGCCAUCUAUGUUUUUGUGAGGUGUACAGCAAUAAAUGUGUGUUAGACAGACAGGAGGGGUUUGUGUGUGUGUGCGUGUAAAUGUUCACGAUGUGUGCUGAGCAGCUUUGUACAGAAUAACGUUUAUAGAAUGAUGUAAUUUUUCUGUGAAAAAAACAAUAUUUUUCAAGCUUAACCUUAAAUGUGAUUUGUCACUCCGGUUUCCCUUGAGGGACAGUGCCAAUGGACAGAGUGAGUGAGCUAGGUGUGAAUUUGACUGUGUUGUUGAUGUGCGAUGUUGGUCAAGGAUCAGGGUGAGGUUUGUGUCCAAUUUCCAGUGGGGGGAGGAUAAGAAAUGUCGGCUUUUACCAACCCGCACUGCCUGGCGUGGGGAAGUAUGUUCAAACAAUCACAAUCACCAUGGCCGGAACGGCGUGAGGAGGCCUGCAUCCAACGAUAGAUUGACAACCUGAGAACCCUAAUCAUGUAACGCAUAAUGCGCCAUAUUGCCUUAAUGUGUUAUAUGCAAUCUGGAUUUGAAGCUUUUGUGACUGCAGGAAUCCACACUCUUUGGUUCUUUCGGUAAAGUCACGUGACUUUACCGAAAGAACCAAAAAGUUUGUGUUAUAUGCACUUUGAAAUAAUAACGAUGCUUUUCCUCUUGGGAAGACCCACUGAGUUGCAAAACUCGUUUUCAGGGUGGCACUGCCACAUUGCGGUGUAUGGCGAAUUCCAAUAAUGAGAGUUUGGCUUCCUGUGUGAGGAAACUGGAGAAAACCCAUAAUGCAUAGGAGUGGGUGACACUCAAAUCUCCCAAUGGAUACAUUCAAGAAUAUAUUGCUGUGCUUCCACCUGCUGGCCACCUCAAAGCUGGUCCCAACCCAACAACACCUGUGGUACUCCAAGCAGCCUCCCACUCCACCACGAACCAGGCUCAGCCCAGGAAUCACACAUUCUGAAUCCCUUAUCCAGGGCUGACAACUGGAAGUGUAGUGUGGCGUGUUUGUGCUUUUGUGGUGCUUGUGUUCACGUAUCGUGUGCUACUGGUACUAAUCGUAACCCUAAUAAUCAACCCCCAUAGCUCACGUUUAUUUCAGACUAAAUUCAGUUUAUUUGGGAUAUACCUAUGUGAACUUUGUUUUAAUCACUUUUAAAUUAUGCUUCGGGUUGUUUUGGACUCCGUAUUACAUGUUGCUGUAACCAUUAAAAGAUAAACAUUUAAUCUCAA